UUCGCAUACUCCAAGCCUCCUCCAUCCACAAGAUCUCAAGUUCAGAUUUCCAUAGAUUAUCAAACCAUAGUUUCCCGAUGGCUCGGACCAAGCAGACGGCGAGGAAGUCUACCGGCGGCAAGGCGCCGAGGAAGCAGCUGGCCACCAAGGCCGCGAGGAAGUCGGCUCCGGCAACCGGCGGCGUGAAGAAACCGCACAGGUUCCGCCCUGGGACGGUGGCGCUGAGGGAGAUCAGGAAGUAUCAGAAGAGCACGGAGCUAUUGAUUCGGAAGUUGCCGUUCCAGAGGCUGGUCAGGGAGAUCGCUCAGGAUUUUAAGACUGAUCUUCGCUUCCAGAGUUCGGCUGUCGCUGCGCUUCAAGAGGCCGCUGAGGCCUACCUUGUUGGACUCUUUGAGGACACCAAUCUCUGCGCAAUUCACGCCAAACGUGUCACCAUCAUGCCUAAGGAUAUACAGCUCGCUCGCCGUAUUAGGGGUGAGCGUGCUUAAUGUUGAUGGUGCUAGUUUUGAUGUAUAGGUUGUGUUUAAGAUCCAAGCCUGGUGCUUAGGUUUUUCAAUGAUGUCUACUGGCUGUAGCGAAUAUCUUUCUAAUGAAUAUUUAAUUAUGGCUUGCUAUUCUGAAAAUGGA